GCCUGCGCAGGCAGCCGGGCAGGGAGCUCCGGCACCUGCCGCUCGCUGCGAAUGGGCUCUUCCAGCUCUCGGAUGUUUCCUGUUGACUCCUUCAGGGAGCGGAUCACAAGCGAGGCUGAAGACCUGGUGGCAAACUUUUUCCCAAAGAAGCUGUUAGAACUCGAUGGGUUCCUUAAGGAGCCUAUCCUGAAUAUUCAUGAUCUCACUCAGAUCCAUUCGGACAUGAACCUCCCAGUGCCUGACCCAAUUCUUCUCACAAACAGCCAUGAUGGACUGGACGGGCCAAAUAUGAAAAAGAGGAAGCUGGAAGACCGCGAAGAGACCUUUCAGGGUACCAAAGUGUUCAUGAUGCCCAAUGGGAUGCUGAAGAGCAACCAGCAGCUGGUGGACAUCAUUGAGAAAGUGAAACCAGAAAUCAGGCUGCUUAUUGAGAAGUGUAAUACGGUGAAAAUGUGGGUUCAGCUUCUCAUCCCCAGGAUAGAAGAUGGAAACAACUUUGGUGUUUCUAUUCAGGAGGAAACAGUUGCUGAACUUCGAACUGUGGAGAGUGAGGCAGCAUCCUACCUGGACCAGAUUUCUAGAUAUUAUAUCACAAGAGCAAAGUUGGUUUCCAAAAUAGCUAAGUACCCUCACGUGGAGGACUACCGCCGCACAGUGACAGAGAUCGAUGAGAAGGAGUACAUUAGUCUGCGCCUGAUCAUUUCAGAGCUGAGGAAUCAAUAUGUCACUUUGCAUGACAUGAUCCUUAAAAACAUUGAGAAGAUCAAGAGGCCUCGGAGCAGCAAUGCUGAGACCCUCUAUUAAGUGUCAACGUUUGAACUUGAGAACUGUUCAGUCAACUAAAGACCGUCAUUGCCUUGGUUUGUUACGUGACUAUCGAGAUGGGAAACUGGCUGGAAAUAGUAUCGCAUUCUUAGUUAAAAUCUAAAGAAAUUCUCGCCUAGUUUUGUGAUUGGUUUUGUUCAGGUCUCAGGAGCUCUCCCUCCCUCUAGUAACUGGUAAAGAGAAGGCCGUGCUGCUUUGGGGUGCCCUAGAGGCUACUGCAGAGUGAGAGCACCAGCCAGGCAGGAACAUUCCUUCAUGCCUUUCUUCCUACCCAAGUAGGAACGACUCUAGAGACCAAGCCCUCGUCCUGUCCCAUCUCUUGGCUGGAGGCUUCGCUGGGGUCUCUGGGAAGGGGGCAGACAGUCUUCAGCACGAGAGCAAGCCCAGGUGGUGGUGCAGUGGUGGAGAAGCUCACUCUCUUCACUGCUGGCUGUAGCUGGGCCCCUCUGCCACUGGUCCUCUGCACUGACCAAUUGCAAAGACAGGGGAACCUGCCCCUUCUGGGCUGGUGGCAGCAGCCGCGCUCCAAUGCCGCUGAGCGGUCUGCGCUCCUUAUCUGGCUCUCUUCUGACUCAGCAGAGCCUGCCCCAUCUGCCUCUGCCUUGUCAGUUCUGGCUGGAUCAGUGCAGAGCACGAGGUGGUGCUUGAAAGUAGGGCUGGUUGCUCUCCUGGCUGGGCCUGAGCUCAGGUGGCUCCUGCUCCUGUUUGCGAUCUGACUUGAACCGCUUUCUUGGCUAAACCCAACGUUACUUCACAUACGUCCUAGUGCCCCUUCAGCACGAGGUGGUUUUGCCCAGGCUGAGAGAAGGGAGGGGCCGGAGGUCUGAUACUAAAGUCCUGAUAGUCUCUGCAUGUGGUCAGACUGAGACCCGCUGUCUCCUGGCAGCGCUCCCCGCUGCCUGGGCAGAGCGUGCCAGCUGCGACAGUUGGUGUUUGGGGGUGAGGAUGGCCGAUACCCACCCGGUACCAUUGCAGACCUUGUAGUCUUUCCCCUGCAAAGGGCACGCUCGUGUGCCUGGUGACUCCUCUAAGCCGCUGGAACGUUUCAUGGUCCAUUACAAACCCCUUUGGAAAUGACUGGUUGUGUUGCGUCAGUUUUUGUGUGUGGCAAGUGGGCCCAUAACGCUGCAGGCUCCAAAAUUUUCUUAUUUAUAGUAUUUCUACUUAAGUCCCUUAUUCAGGGAACUUUAAAUCAUUCGUUUCAGGAACCUUGCUGUUUCCCGGGUCUUGCUGUUACACCCCUAUAUUCUUAUUGUGCAGUAGCCUUAAUAGUUGUGUUAACCUCAUUGUAACAACAGUGACAAAUGGAAUGAACUUUCUCCCCUUCUUUUUUUUACUUUGUUUCCGUUUCUUCUGCUUCCCCAUCUAAGAGCCAUGUUGUCUCUUGCUGGUUUCCCAGGGAUUUGCCCGGAGUGUGGAGGGCUGCUGGCCCUUGCUAUAGACUCUUCUGUUGUUGUUUGUAGUAAGUCAACUCUUAGUCUUCCCGCUAAUAAAUAUUCAGUAACAAACCAACUGCGUUCUCGCUGCUGUCUGGGAGCAGCACUUCCCCUUGUGUUUCUUUGUAUUGAUUCCUUUUAAUUUGUUCGGCUCUCUUUGCCAGAUGAAAGUAUGUAAACUUUUACCAUGUCGAGAAAUUAAAAUAAGGUACUUGGAAUUCUUUUAAGGUAGCCCCUUGUGUGUGAUACUGAGCUCUUAGGCUAUGCAGUGUUCAUGUCUGUCCUGGUCCUGCCUUUCUUGAAUCCAGUUGUUCCUUCCCUGCAUUCUCCUCAUUCCUCUUUUUGACUCUGUUGUAAACUGCUAUGCACUGCUUUGUAGGUUGUUUCUGUUUCCUUUAGCAUGCCUUACGUUAGGCCCAUGGUCUUGAGUUUAAUGUGAUCUGUCCCAUCUCAAGCCAGUGUGCGGGGCUUGGGCCGUCUCAGUUAAAACAGACACAAGAGAUUUGUGUGGCGUUUCUCUACGAGUCGGCAGCCUUGCUCCGUGGCUGCUCCUGCACCUCUGCCAAGCAGGUGCCCACAGUGCUGUCCUGGGUGGGCACCUGGUGCCUGUGUUCGGUGCAUGGUCCCUUACUCUCUUGGCUGCUCCAUGUAUGUGGUACCAAAGGAAAUGCAGGCUGCCCUGCAAUCCCCCGGCUGAAGCGUCCUCUGCUCUCCCCAGGGGAUCGUCCUUGUUCUUGUUGUGCAUCCUCCUGUGCCUGCUGCACCAUAGCCUGGGGUGCAGAGACCUCUCCAGCAGCACUCCUGUCCCCCAAGAGCUCAGUGCCUGGCUGGGGCUUGGCCACCCUUCCCAGCCGGGGUGCCACUAGGUUGUGCCACUGCCC